UGCGCCUGGGGGUCACGGCCGCGGCUAACUCUUCAGUCCUCCGCAGCCUACAUGGAGCACCGCAGUCGCAGGGGCGGGCCCGCGCCAUGAGCGGCCUCGCGGUGCUGCCGGCCGGCCUGGCGGGCGCCGCCUCCAGCGUCGCCUGGUUCGUGCCCGUGCUCGUCGCGGCCAUCGCCUACUUCCACUACGAGCUCAUGGACCCCGAGUCGCGCCCCAUCGACGUGGAGACGCAGCUGCUCAGCGCGCAGUACGACUUCGUCGUCGUGGGCGCCGGCUCCGCCGGCGCGGUGCUGGCCAACCGCCUGACGGAGCUGGAGCCGUGGACGCUGCUGCUGCUGGAGGCGGGCGGCGACGAGACCGAGAUCUCCGACGUGCCCCUGCUGGCGGCCUACCUGCAGCUCAGCAAGCUCGACUGGAAGUACAAGACGGAGCCGCAGGGCACCGCCUGCCUCGGCAUGAAGAACGGCCGCUGCAACUGGCCGCGCGGCAAGGUGAUUGGCGGCUCCAGCGUGCUCAACUACAUGCUGUACGUGCGCGGCAACCGGCGCGACUACGACGCGUGGCAGUCGCUCGGCAACCCGGGCUGGAGUUACGACGACGUGCUCUACUACUUCAAGAAGUCCGAGGACAACCGCAACCCGUACCUGGCGCGCACGCCCUACCACUCGACGGGCGGAUACCUCACGGUGCAGGAGGCACCGUGGCACACGCCGCUGGCAGCCGCCUUCGUGCAGGCCGGCGAGGAGAUGGGCUACGAGAACCGCGACAUCAACGGGGAGUUCCAGACCGGCUUCAUGAUCCCGCAGGGCACGACGAGGCGCGGGUCGCGCUGCAGCACGGGCAAGGCCUUCCUGCGGCCGGCGCGCCUCAACAAGAACCUGCACGUGGCCAUGCACGCGCACGUGACCCGCGUGCUCAUCGACCCGCGCACCAAGACCGCCUUCGGCGUCGAGUUCCUGCGCGACGGCAAGCUGCAUGUGGUGCGCGCCAGCAAGGAGGUCAUCCUGUCGGCGGGCUCCGUCAACUCGCCGCAGCUGCUGAUGCUGUCGGGCGUGGGCCCCAAGGAGGACCUGCUCAAGCUCAACAUACCGGUGGUACAAGACCUGCAAGUGGGCCACAACCUCCAGGACCACAUCGGCCUGGGCGGCUUCACGUUCAUCAUCAACAAGUCCGUCUCCCUCGUCCAGUCCAGGUACGAGAACGUCCUCUCGGUCCUCAACUACGCCAUGUUCGGCGACGGCCCGCUGACCGUCCUCGGCGGCGUGGAAGGCUUGGCGUUCCUCAGCACCAAGUACGUGAACGCUUCUCUCGACUACCCGGACAUCGAGUUCCACUUCAUCUCCGGAUCCACAAACUCUGACAGUGGCCGGCAGAUACGAAAGGCGCACGGCAUAACGGAGGACUUUUACCGCAAGGUCUACGAACCAAUCAACGACCGAGACGUGUGGAGCGUCUUCCCCGUUCUCCUACGCCCGAAAAGUAAAGGCGUCAUCAAGCUGAGAAGCAAGAAUCCUUUCGACUAUCCCUUGAUCUAUCCCAACUACUUCUUUCAUCCGGCCGACAUGGCUACCCUCGUGGAAGGAGUGAAGGCGGCUCUCGCAAUGAGUCGCACUAAAGCCUUCCAACGCUUCGGCAGUCGCAUGCACGAGAUCCCCUACCCAGGUUGCACCCACAUCCAGAUGUACACGGACGAGUUCUGGGAGUGCCUCAUCAGGCACUACUCCGUGACCAUCUACCAUCCGGUGGGCACGUGCAAGAUGGGCCCCAGUUGGGACCCCAGUGCGGUCGUCGACCCCGACCUCAAAGUGCACGGCGUCGACAGGCUCAGGGUGAUCGACGCGUCCAUCAUGCCCACGCUUGUCAGCGGGAACACAAACGCGCCUGUCAUCAUGAUCGCCGAAAAAGGUUCUGAUAUCAUUAAAGAAUACUGGAUGAACAAAUCAUAAUUAUUGAUAUUUAAGGUUGUUGGCUAUAGAAUAAUCUGUUGAAAUUCUUGAAACAAUAUCGAGUAAUACAUUUUCAUCACUUAAAAAUCAUAAAACUUAUCAGUACCUGUAAUGUACUGAUAAAUGUUUCUUGACAUACGUUGGGCGACCUACAGACCAUCAUAAACCGUUAUUGGCCUAGUCUACAAAAAAAAUUAAACGUGUUCAUUGUGCUUAUAUAUCACGAAAUUUUGUAAAUAUGUAAAUACGAGGGCGUUUGCGUGAGCGCGUACCUUAAGGAAGCAAUAGGGCUGUGCGAUACAUCAAUAUAUUGACGCCAAUGCGAUAGGUACGGUGGAAAUAUUUAAAGGGCUAUAUUAAACACCGUGAUAUUUGCGAUGUAUUAAACAUAGCGAUAUUUUUAUCAUACAGCACAUUGCGAUGAAUAUUUGCAAUAUUUGUUUCUUGCAGUUUGCUAAUUAAAAUGAGUUAUUCUCAAUAUUUGCAGAAGUAUUAUUAACGAUAUUUCCGAAAUUCGUAUUACUGAAAUGUGCUGUAUUAAACCAGUUUUGUAAUGUCAGUAUCAAUAUUUGCAGUGUCGAUUUUUAAGCCAAUUUUGCGAAGCAAUAUCAAUAUUUCCGAUACUAAUAUUAGCGACACCUAAAUUAUCAAUACCGAUAUAAGCAAUAUAUAACAGAAAAUUUUGCUGGUUUAAAGAUCAAUAUAUGACGCCGUUUUCAAUAUAGCUUCCAAGUAUCUCAGCUAUGUUGAAAAAGUGAUAUCGCACAGCCUUAGUAGCACGUGGACGCGUGAUUCAAUACAUACAAUAUUUUUCUGCGGGCGAGUUGGCUAUGGAUACAAGGCUCGACAGAAGUAAAACUUUUACGAACGAGUAAUAAUGUGGUGGAAAUAAUGUUGCACAUUCUUAAAGUACCUACAUAUUUAACAAGGUCUACAAAAGUGUAAAAUAAUAACGCACUUGCCUGCUGAGAUAUAUAUAUUUUAGUUGAAAAUAAGUUAAUGUUUCAGCCAAAUAAAAAUGUUUAUCAAUGUAAUGUAAAAACGAUAAAAAAUUAUAAAUAUAUAGAAUUUUGCAGAAUGUUUUGAAUAUUUCGGUGUGUUUUCUAAUAAAGUGUUUGUAGCUACAGUUUA